AAGAAAAAAAGAAAUCUUUCUCGGUAUUAGAAAGUAUUUAAAGGAGAAAAAUAAAUAUAAAAUCGAAGUUUGUGAAACUGUUGAAAACGGACAAAUACGAAUUUAUAUUAGAGAUUGAAAGAAAGAGUAUAUAUUUAUUCUUAUUUAUUAAAAAGAAGAACCUUCUUAUUUAAUUGUGAUAAUGAAAUCGCGUGUCUUUUAAAAUGUCAAGAAUGUUUAAGAAACGAAUCGAUAAUUAUCUCAUGAUCAUUAUUUAACGCUAGAGAAAUAAUCUGGCAUUGUUAUUUGUUACUCGAAGAAUCGAAAAGAGAAAACAAUUGAUAUUUUCCAAUUUGUAAAAAGAAUUUUCAAUUUGUAAAAAAUGGACGGAGGUCCCUUCGAUGACCCAAUCUUCUCUGAUUUCGGUGGUCGAGGAGGUUCAGGGGUUCAUAGUAUUCAAGUGAUGCUUGGCCUUCAUGGUGGACAUCAUGGUGGUGAUUUAAUGCCCACUGGAGGCCAUCUUCACAAGUUGGACUCUUCCAACAGUCCGCCGCAUCAUCAAACGGCUCAUCAUCAUCUGCAACAACAACAGCAACAACAAAAGGAGCUGAAGGAAUUGGAAUUAGCUGGAAUGUAUGCACCUCUUCCUCAGACGCAAGAUGUUACCACGUCAACGUCCACCGCUGCGACACCGACCUCAACGACAUUACAGCAAGGUCUGCAGCUUGGAAAUCCUUUGAAAAGGAAACCAGAAGAUCCGAUGAACACUCUUGCCCCAGUCAGUAGUGAAGCUCAACCAGCUAAAAAAGAUUCCAAGAAGAAAACUGACAAUAAUGGAAUUAAAAAGAAAAAGACUAGAACAACAUUUACCGCUUAUCAAUUGGAGGAGUUGGAACGAGCGUUUGAACGUGCACCCUAUCCUGACGUCUUCGCACGGGAGGAACUGGCUUUGAAACUUGCUUUAUCAGAAUCAAGAGUUCAAGUUUGGUUCCAGAAUCGACGUGCAAAAUGGCGGAAGAGAGAGCCUCCACGCAAAACCGCCGGUUACAUGGCUGCUGGUUCAGCAAGUCCCGGUUUAUCAGGGUCAUUUACUUCGUUGAACAAUACUCUCAACCCCUUCGCUUCUCCAACGACAGCGACGGCACCACCAGAUGCCUGGGCGUAUUCUCCAGCGUACGAUCUGGCGCCACAUUUGAACUUACUUAGCCCGUCUAAUUCUCCAUACUCUACUUCUUUCGGUGGGCCAAGCAACAACGGAUCAGCAUACUCAUACGCAACGAUGCUUCCGCAACACGAUGUCUCAUUAUUCUCUACACCAUCUGGGAACACAAUGCGUGUUCACCAGGAUUACAUGAACGCCAGUAAUAGUCCACCACCUCCUCUAACUCGCAACGAUUAUCAGACUAUGGUGACUACGCACUCGUCACCAACUCAUCUAGCCAACUCCAUGUCCGAAGAGGAUCAUCAGCAAAAUAAACAACUGGAUUAUGUCAGUGGUCUUAGUCCAGCGGAUAAAUAUCAACACGAACAAUCUGAUUACACACAACAACAACAACAGCAGCAGCAGCAAGAUCAGAAACAAGAAUACGGGAUGCACUCACCACAAGGACGUCAAGGGAUGAAGGAGCAGGUGAUGGUGAAAAGCGAGCCAACCAGCCAACAGAACUACGUGCAGUUGCCUCCUUUUUUGAACUGACUCGAAACCUCCGAUUUAGAUUCACUGUAGAAAAAUUGGCGGUUCCGGUUUGGAAUAGAUCUUUCUUGGCAAAGGAAUAUCAGGACUAAACACAUAAGUGAUGUUUGGAAAGAUUUAUUAAUAUUUUGUUUACGCUGAAGAUGAUGAUAGAAGGCUUUGAGUUAAAUAGAAUUAUCAUAAUUUGUUAUUUUAAAAAUAGAAAGAAGUUUGAGAUUGGAGGUUUUUAAUAGAAUCUUUAAUAUUUUAAGAAAUCUUGAAAAUAAAGUCCUAUUCUCCAUACAGUUCCAUUUUUGUAUUAUAUAGUUUAAAAAGAUUUAUUGGAAUUUGUAUUAUAUAGUUUAAUAAGAUUUAUUGGAAUUAUAUUUUUAAAACAACAUUUAAUACUAAAAAUAUAACCAUUGAUUUUUCUUAGUACGAAAGUAGUCUCGAGAAUUUUUUUAUAAUAAACUUACAUAUAAGAAAUAAAAUAUUUUAAGGGAAGCAAUUAAUUGGAUGAGAGCAUUCAAGUGCCUUAAAAAUAUGGAUCUGUACAAGAUGUGAAUACUUUUGUAUUGUUUAUCCUUUGUUCACAAAUAUCGAGUGAAAAUGAGCAUUGCUAUGUUGUAUUUUAUUCAAGUAUUCUGUAGUGUAUAUUAAAUCAUGUACAUACAUGCAUAUCGAGAGUAUAAAAUAUUAUUUGAAUUUGUAAAAUUUUCUAUAAAAGUAUUUUGUGUAUGUUGUGCUCUGCUUACUUUUUCAUGUUUGUAAUUACUUGCAACUAAAUACACUUGAAAAUAAAAACAUGUAAUCAA